AUGGAGCCCCACCUGCUCGGGCUGCUCCUCGGCCUCCUGCUCUGUGGCACCGGGGUCCUCGCCGGCUACCCAAUUUGGUGGUCCCUGGCCCUGGGCCAGCAGUACACGUCCCUGGGCUCUCAGCCUCUGCUCUGCGGCUCCAUCCCAGGCCUGGUCCCCAAGCAACUGCGCUUCUGUCGCAAUUACAUCGAAAUUAUGCCCAGUGUGGCCGAGGGCGUGAAGCUGGGCAUCCAGGAGUGUCAGCACCAGUUCCGGGGCCGCCGCUGGAACUGCACCACCAUAGACGACAGCCUGGCCAUCUUCGGGCCCGUCUUGGACAAAGCCACCCGCGAGUCGGCCUUUGUGCACGCCAUCGCCUCGGCCGGCGUGGCCUUCGCCGUCACCCGCUCCUGCGCGGAGGGCACCUCCACGAUCUGCGGCUGCGACUCCCAUCAUAAGGGACCGCCCGGCGAGGGCUGGAAGUGGGGCGGCUGCAGCGAGGACGCCGACUUCGGGGUGCUAGUGUCCCGAGAGUUCGCGGAUGCGCGGGAGAACAGGCCGGACGCACGCUCCGCCAUGAACAAGCACAACAACGAGGCGGGCCGCACGACCAUCCUGGACCACAUGCACCUCAAGUGCAAAUGCCACGGGCUGUCGGGCAGCUGCGAGGUGAAGACCUGCUGGUGGGCUCAGCCCGACUUCCGCGCCAUCGGGGACUUCCUCAAGGACAAGUACGACAGCGCCUCGGAGAUGGUGGUGGAGAAGCACCGGGAGUCCCGCGGCUGGGUGGAGACGCUCCGGGCCAAGUACGCGCUCUUCAAGCCGCCCACAGAGAGGGACCUGGUCUACUACGAGAACUCCCCCAACUUUUGUGAGCCCAACCCCGAGACAGGCUCCUUCGGUACCAGAGACCGGACUUGCAAUGUCACCUCCCACGGCAUCGACGGCUGCGACUUGCUGUGCUGCGGCCGUGGCCACAACACGAGGACGGAGAAACGGAAGGAGAAAUGCCACUGCAUCUUCCACUGGUGCUGCUACGUGAGCUGCCAGGAGUGUGUCCGCAUCUACGACGUGCACACCUGCAAGUAGGGAGCCAGGGCGCUGGGCACGGUGAAGUGUGGCUGGGCGGAUUCACUGAAGUCCCACGGGGAGCAGGACCUCAGCGGGGCUCGGCCCUCGGCAUCGGACAGCCAAGGAAUCCGGACUGUUGCCAGAUGCACGCGUGGUAAAUAACCUGGACCCAACCCGCCUGCUGACCGGGAGGCCUCCCUCCCCCUCCUCUUCAGUUUCUCACCCUGCUCUGGAUGGUGUGUGGUUUUCAAAGAAGGGGCUUUCUUUUUACUUCUCUAGGGUCUGAUAGGAGCAGACCUGAGGCUUAUCUUUGCACAUGUGGAAGAAAAUAA